UAUGUCCCAGGGGAUUGAGUGAAAUUGAGGAAGAAUAUUUGCCGUUAUGUACAUAAGGAAAACUCUGAGGCUCAAACUAGGAGAGGGGGGCUGAAUAUUCAUAAAAUACCUUAGGAUAACACCAAAAUUUUUUAGUGGUUUGUGGCCCAUAGUUGAGACCGCUCGUUGAUUUUGUCGUCAUUCGAGUGCCUCCCGCCGAGCUCUUUCGAAUGACUAGUAAAAUUUGUCCGUAUUGAGGGUGGCCUGUAUUCUUACGUUUCUAGGAGUUCACCCCUCCCUUCCUCAUUCAGAUUUUUCGGAAUUUCUUGAAAUUUUUUUCUUAAUUUUUUGAAAAAAAUGUUUCCACCACGUCGUCAUAAAUCAACACAAAAUAAACACCAAAAAUAUUUAUUUCCGCCAAAUGAAAAGAAAAGAGCAAAAUCUGAGGUCUUUAUUACCGCAAAUAAUAGCCUUCAUGCUGACGGUGGCGAACAGCAGAAAAAAUAUUCUAAGAGGAGGAAGAGGCAACAAAUUAAAAAUGAGUAAGGAAAUAGGUGUUUUUUAAGUGUUUUUAGGAAUUUUUUAAAAAAAUUUUUGGGAGAAGAAUUUUUGUUGUUUUUUCUUUGUAUUUCUGGUAGUCCGCACGGAUUGUUCGAAAGUUUCCAGGACCACGUUUCCAGGUUAUCGAAAAAUUCCGCUUCUACUGUUUUUAGAACUGAUUGUUGGGUGUACACUCCGUCAGGAACGCAGUUUUUUCAAGUUAGAAUUUUUUGUUAUCAAAUUAUGACUUGCGGACAAAAUUUGCGGACAUUAAUGAAAUCUGAAGAAGGCUAAAUUUUCUUCAAAAAAAUUUCUCACAAAUAAUUAGCUUGUAAAAGUGGCAUGGAAACCAAUUACCACAAACGUUCUUUGUUCUUUCUUGACUCUUUCUAGUGUCCCUUUUUUGUCUACAUUUUGCUUUUGUUGGAGUUUGAAAAUUAGUCAUCUACAUAACAAUAAGACUGCUUGCAAUUUUGAAAAAAUUUUUUUCUGAAUUCACACGCUCAAGCUUUUUAAGUCCUGAAAAUAUAUCCCUCCACUCCCAUCCCUUCUCUUCAAUCCAUUCCCCUCUGUUUUCCCCUCUAAUCCAUUUC